GUUGGGAAACACUGGCCUAGAGAGCCACAGGUUGGGGAUCCUUGCUUCCAGGUGUCAGGGCAUUCUGGCAGUUGCAGUUUUGCAACAGCUGGAGGCACCCUGGCUGGGAAACACUGCCUUAGAGAGUCACAGGUUGGGGAUCCUUGCUUUCAGGUGUCAGGGCAUGAUGGGAGUUGUAGUUUUGCAACAGCUGGAGGCACCCUGGUUGGGAAACACUGCCCUAGAGAGUCACAUGUUGGGGAUCCUUGCUUUCAGGUGUCAGGGAAUGAUAGGAGUUGCAGUUUUGCAACAGCUGGAGGCACCCUGGUUGGGAAACACUGCCCUAGAGAGUCACAUGUUGGGGAUCCUUGCUUUCAGGUGUCAGGGAAUGAUGGGAGUUGCAGUUUUGCAACAGCUGGAGGAACCCUGGUUCGGAAACACUGCCCUAGAGUCACAGGUUGGGGAGCCUUGCUUUCAGGUGUCAGGGCAUGAUGGGAGUUGUAGUUUUACAACCCCUGGAGAGCCGUGGGUUGGGGAACGCCGCUUUCAGGUCACGAUGGGAGUUGUAGUUUCCCCCCCCCUUAGAGGCGCAGGUUGGGAGACGCUGCCUUCGGGUGUGAGGAAACGAUGGGAGUUGUAGUCCUCCACCCUCUGAAGAGCAGCAGGUCGGGGGCGCUGUCUUCUAGUCACACACGGCCCGUACAGCUUUAUAGCUCUCUCAGCCCCAACCAACAUGGCGUCCCGGCGCAGCCGUCUGUCUGAGUGGGCCGAGCAUGCGCACUGGGCAGGGCCCGGGCUGGAAUACAAGAUGGCAGCCCCGGCGGGGAGGGAGAGGCGGAGGCGGGAUAGCAGUGAGCGGACAGGAGUCAGUGACGGAGAUUGCCUCGGCCCCAGUUUGACUACUGCGCAAAAAUGGCCCGGGACAACCACGGAAGUCCUCAGGAGGAUGCCGCCUUGAUCAGCCUGUCCCCAAGUACAUCAAGCUCUCCGCGGCCACAGCGUGUUUCUGACUUGCCAGAUGAACUUUUACAGGCCGGAUGGGAGAAGUGCUGGAGUAAGAGGGAGAGUCGACCUUAUUAUUUCAACCGUUUCACCAAUCAGUCUCUAUGGGAGAUGCCUGUGCUGGGCCAACAUGAUGUCAUUUCGGAUCCUCUUGGGCUCAAUGCAGCACCAGUACCUGCGGAAGGAGGAAUGCCCACUACGCCCAAGGAGACAAAACCGGCAAAAAGAAGAUUGUCCGAGGAGCUGCCUGUUCCCGAUAUCACAAAAAAGCUGAAGAUGGAGUCUACUACUCCCGUGCCGACGCCAACUGUGCCAUGCUCGCCAGCGGUCCCGGGGGUAUCUGUGGAAGAAAAGCAAUUUGCAAACUUGAUCAAACCUACAGAUGUUUAUUGGGAUUUGGACAUACAAAGCAAUGUAGUGGUCAAGCCGUCUCCGCCGUCACACCUUAUACCGCCGCCAUCACAGUCACUACCACCCCAUCCUGAAGUGGAGCUUCUCCGUUCACAACUUGUCCUGAAACUACGGCAACAUUACCGGGAGCUUUGUCAGCAGAGAGAGGGCAUUGACCCACCUCGAGAGUCUUUUAACCGCUGGCUGCUGGAGAGGAAGGUCAUAGAUCGUGGACCGGAUCCGCUCCUUCCUAGUGACUGUGAUCCCGCAGUGUCUCCAUCCAUGUUCAGAGAGAUUAUGAAUGAUGUUCCAAUAAGGUUAUCACGUAUCAAGCAUCGAGAGGAAGCAAAACGAUUGCUAUUUAAAUAUGCCGAGGCUGCCAAGCGACUUAUCGAAUCUAGGAGAGCCUCACCGGAUAUUAGGAAGGUGGUAAAAUGGAAUGUGGAGGACACCUUUAGCUGGCUGAGGAGAGACCACCUGGCGACCAAGGAAGAUUACAUGGAUCGUUUGGAGCACCUACGUAGAGAAUGUGGCCCUCACAUGGCAGCGGUGGCGCGGGAUUCAGUAGAAGGCAUAUGUAGCAAGAUCUACCACUUCUCUCAAGAUUAUGCAAAAAGAAUCCGUGAGAAGCAUUUGGCGCUACUACGAGAUGCGAAUAUACCAGAGCCAGUUCCAGUUGCAGCUUCCCCGGAUAAAAGAGCAUUCUGCCACCCAGUACGGCUGACAACGCCGGCAUUGCCUGUCCAGGGAGUAGUAGACAUUCAGCAAGAUGGCAGCUUGGUGUGUGUGCGUUAUAAAGGGGAGUCCGUAAGGAUCAACCAGAGUUACUUCAGCAAAUUGUUUCAACUUUAUCGUCUCAGUUGCACAGAUGAUCCAGGGUCGGAAAAGUUCUUGCCUCGUGUGUGGUGUCUUUUGCGGAGAUAUCAGGUGAUGUUCGGAACAGCACAGUAUGAAGGCUCAGGACUGCAGGGGGCGCUCCCAGUCCACGUGUUCCAAACUUUGCACAAGAUUUUCGGUGUCACUUCUGAAUGCUUUGCUUCUCCCUUGAACUGUUAUUUCAAGCAAUACUGCUCCGCAUUCCCAGACACAGAUGGAUAUUUUGGCUCCAGGGGGCCAUGUCUCAGUUUUUUCCCAGUCAGUGGUUCUUUCGAGGCCAACCCCCCGUUCAGCGAGGAACUGAUGGACGCCAUGGUCACACAUAUUGAGAACCUUCUGGACAGUUCGGAUCAGCCUCUGUCCUUCAUUGUGUUCAUCCCAGAGUGGAGGGACCCCCCGACACCUGCCCUCACACGUAUGGAGGAAAGUCGCUUCAAACGCCACCAGUUGAUUCUCCCAGCUUAUCAGCAUGAAUAUCGAAGCGGCUCUCAACAUGUAUGUAAGAGGGACGAACUGUAUUACAAGGCCGUACACAAUACCGCUAUAAUCUUUCUGCAAAACGAAGCCGGCUUCCAGAAGUGGACACCCACCCCGGAGCGCGUGCAGGAACUGUGUACGGCAUAUAAACACUCGGGAAGGUUUUCCAAUUCCUCCUCUGGGGUCCCUGAGAAAGAGCCCACAAAGGAGGAAGGGAGCGGCACCAGCAAGGACGGUGUUAAUAAUUAGCAGCAUAGGUCGACAUUCCCGUUUCUGCGUGGCAGUACGCGCCCAUGGCAUUUGGGCAGAGAGUAAAUCUCCAUUUUACUAGAACACAAAUAUGGUCUCCCCUAGUCUUUAUACUGUAACGCCGAUUAGGAGAGUCCAUCGGUGACAAUAGACAAGAUGUCAGACACUUUCUUACCCCUUUGUAGGAUGCAGAAACAUUAUCCCAGGCUGAUCAGUAGCGGGUGGAGGAUCAUGUCUAUCCUUUCUAUAUCUGUGAGGGAUAUGGUCAUUAAAGGGGUACUCCACUGGAAAACAUUUAUUUUAAAUCAACUGGUGCCAGAAAGUUAAACAGAUUUGUAAAUUACUUCUAUUUAAAAAUCUUAAUCCUUCCAGUACUUAUCA